CGGAGCCUCUGGCAGUCUGGGGUGCUAUCUGAAUCAGAUUCGGAAUUUGGAACAUAAAUGGGGUGCAUUUUCGGUUGGACUACAGAGGAGCAGAAGCUAGUAAACGUCUCAUAAACCCUCUCUCUAUUCCUAAUCGUCGGUCCCAAACAGAUCGAGCGCAUCAUCACAUUCGCAGCUCAAACCCUAAUUCAAUUCCACCAAAGACUUCAUCAACAUAUUCCAGUUAUGUGGACAAAUGUUUUCAAAAUCGGAAGUCUGCAUCAGUUAUCAUGGUUUCAGUUUCUCCCUCAUGAACCUGAUCUGAACCCUUUACCUGACAAAAGUGUAAAAGUGGACCAUAAGGAUGCAGCAAUGUUGCUGGUGCUUUCAUCACAUCUGCAACUGCAGAAGGAAGGAUUUCUCAGCACAUGGACCAAUUCCUUUGUUGGACCCUGGGAUCCAUCUCAGGGUUUGCACAAUCCUGAUGAAAAGAUUAAACUAUGGCUUUUUCUUCCGGGGCGCCAUUCAUCUGUUGUUGAGACUGCUCAGUCAGCAGUAUCCGGAUUAAGAGUUGUUGCGUCUGGGCUUUGGCUUGCUCCUGGGGACUCAGAAGAGGUUGCAGCUGCUCUUUCUCAGGCUUUAAGGAAUUGCAUAGAAAGAGCACUUCUUGGGCUUUAUUACAUGAGAUUUGGAGAUGUAUUUUCGAAGUUUCAUCAAUUUCAAAGUGAAGAACUGUUCAGGAGGGGACAACCUGCAGUUGAGUUUGUCUUUGCUGCAACUGAGGAGGCAAUCUUUAUACAUGUCAUAGUGUCCUCAAAGCAUAUCCGGACGCUUUCCACAGGUGAUCUGGAAAAAGUAUUAAAACAUUCUACGGAGGCAUCAUAUAGACUUCCAGUGAUUGUUUCUCCUCAUGGAAUACGUGGCAACCUGACUGGUUGUUCUCCUAGUGAUCUUGUCAAGCAAAGCUAUUUCAGUUCUACCAAAUUUAGGAUGUCAAGUGGAAUUAUAGGUCUCCCAUAUCAUGUUUCUCAGGGUGUUGGUUGCCAGUUGAGGGGGCAGAAUUGUUAUGUUGAAGUAAGUCUUGGCUCCCCUAGAUCUGGAACUGACAAGGCAUUGCAGCCAAACAAGAACAGUGUCAAGAAUAUACCCAAGCUUCAUGUUGCUGAAUCCCCAGUUGUGGGACGAAGUGAUCAUAAGGGAUCAACAGAUAAUUUGCCAGAUUAUGAGAAAACGUUUCUCUAUCCAGCUGAGGCAGUGCUCGUACCAGUAUUACGAACAUCAUUAGCAAGGUCUUCUUUGAGAAGAUUUUGGCUGCAGAAUUGGAUGGGACCAUCCCUGCUUGGUUCCUCUUCCUUUAUUCACUGUGCUGGUAAUGUGGAUUCUACUGAAGAUCCUUGGACUGAAAUCAAUGGAACCCGCAUGCAAAAUAGUUAUGAUAGUAGUAGCAAUAGCAAUAGUAGCAGUAUCAGUAGCUUAAGUGCGAGCUCUAGUGAUAGUGAUUACAAGACUACAGGACCAAGUGAACUAGAGGCAGAUGCUGAUUCUUUAACAUGUAGACAGUCUGUGGUAUCUUCUGGUGAUCAGCUGGAAAGUGAUGGCCCCAAAUUGGGCUUUAAGCGAUCUCGAACAGGGGUGAUAGAGUCAUUAACCAUUACAGGAGUAGGAAAUGAGCCAAUUAGGUCUUACUGGGACUGGGAUGAUGAUGAUAGAGGCAUGGAAAUGGAUAUUCAAGCUCUUCUAUCUGAGUUUGGUGAUUUUGGUGACUUUUUUGAAAAUGAUGUUUUGCCUUUUGGAGAGCCCCCAGGAACUGCAGAAUCUCAGGCACUUAUAUUUUCUGCACCGGAUUGUGGAGAUGUCAACAGUCCAGUUGGAGUGAUGGAUGUUUCAGAUCAAAUGCUUUUGCCUGUUGCGUUUGCUUCCUUUGAGAGCUUUAACCCACCUCCUCCUGCUGCCAUGGAGGAGUGUCUCAGCAAAAGUAAAGAUAACAUAAAUAACUCCAUGUCAUUGGGUCCAACCAAUCAAAUUCAAAUGUUGUAUGGGCGGGAGUUUGAUCAUAUAGUGAAAGCUGAAGCAAUGAUGACAUUUGCUCCUGAAUUUGGAGCUGUUGAGACCCCUGCUAAUGAGUUGUCCACAACAUUAUUCAGAAGCCCAUAUUUUCCAAAAUCUCGAAGAGCGGAUAGUUCAAAUUCAAGUUCAAACAAUUACUUGUAUGGUGCAGCACCACCCUCUUCUCCCUACAUUGAAGGAUCAGAGGGGAAGAAUGUAAUGGCCAUCAAUACAAAAACAUGUUCUGGAAAACAUGAUGCAAGCAUGACUCUCCACUCCAAAAAUUAUUAUACUUUUGUGGAGAAUAGGAAAGACAUAAAUGAUAGAAAACCAGUUACAAGUAAUGAUAACGGCAUUGCUAAAUCUGAGGGGAAAGUACCACCUCUGUUCUCAAACAUUGGUUCUAAUGCUAUUGUCAAGUCUGCCCUAAGGAAGAUCACUGAAGGCACACUUGAAGCAGAGAAUUUCCUUCUAUCUGCAAAAACUUUGUUGGCAACUGAUAUCACAUGUGUUAUGUUGCAAGCUUCCAUGUGCAGGCUACGACACAUUCUCUUAUCUUCAGGUAACCCCAUGAAUGUUGGUUUGAGUAGGUCAACUGGGGUUACAUUUUUGAAUCAGCUUCCUGGUGAUCCGGGUACCACCACAGACAACAUAUCUGGCAAGUAUGAGUUGAAGAAGAAAGAAAAUAUACCGGUUAGAAUUGCAGGAGAUAUCGAUGGAGGAAUGCUUGAUGGGCACCUCAAUGCACCUGUUGGUGUUUGGCGCACUGUAGGAGCUUCAAAAGUUGUAAAACCUUCAAAUUCACCAAACGUGGAAGUUGGUCCUUCCUUUUCUCAUAAUUCAUUCAAUGAAGAAGGUAUCCUUUCUUACAGUCAAAGGAAACCACUCCAGGAGCUUCUUGAUGGGAUUGCAUUGCUUGUCCAACAAGCUAUUUCCUUUGUUGAUCUGGCUUUGGAUGCAGAUUGUGGUGAUGGCCCUUAUGGUUUGCUUGCAUUGCAAGAACAGUGGAGGCGUGGUUUUUGUUGUGGGCCUUCCAUGGUCCAUGCUGGUUGUGGGGGAACUCUUGCCUCUUCUCAUUCGCUGGACAUUGCUGGCUUGGAGUUAGUGGAUCCACUUUCUGCUGAUGUUCAUGCAUCUACUGUGAUCAGCUUGCUGCAGUCUGACAUAAAAACAGCUUUAAAAUCUGCAUUUUCCAAUUUGGAAGGCCCGUUAUCUGUGACUGAUUGGUGCAAAGGACGCAAUCAAUCGGUUGAUACUGGAAGCAUAAUUGAUGGAGUUUCUGCUGAAUCCAGCAUUAGUGAAUUUUCCAGCAUGAUAGAUAGUGCUAAGGUGGAUGAGACUUCCCAAAGGAGAUCUGUCCAAGAUAUGUGCAUUUCAGAGUCAGAGCAGCAACCAUGUUCCCGGCUAAAACCGACUCUCGUUGCUCUUCCGUUUCCUUCUAUACUUGUAGGGUAUCAGGAUGAUUGGCUCAAGACGUCAGCAAACUCUCUGCAGCACUGGGAAAAGGCUCCUCUAGAACCCUACGCUCUACAAAAACAGAUUACAUAUCACGUUGUAUGUCCUGACAUUGAUCCCCUUACUUCUGCUGCUGCUGAUUUUUUUCAACAACUAGGAACAGUGUACGAGACAUGCAAGCUGGGUACUCAUUCACCUCAAGCCUUGGGGAAUCAGAUGGAGAUAGAAUCUGCAAAGUUGUCAUCUGGUGGUUUUGUUUUACUUGAUUGUCCCCAAUCAAUGAAGAUUGAGAGCAGCAAUGCAUCUCUUGUUGGUUCAGUAAGUGAUUAUUUUUUAUCUUUAUCUAAUGGUUGGGACCUGACUAGUUAUCUCAAGUCUCUUUCGAAGGCGCUUAGAGCUUUGAAACUUAGUUCUUGCUUCUCCACAAACCCCAGUGAAGGAAGUAACGGUUCAUGUAUGGUAAUAUAUGUGGUGUGCCCGUUUCCUGAUCCUACUGCAAUUUUACAAACUGUAAUUGAAUCUUCUGUUGCCAUUGGAUCCGUUAUCCAACAGUCAGAUAGAGAGAGGAGAUCUACCGUGCAUAGUCAGGUCGUGAAGGCGCUAAAUGGCUUGGCAACUGUUGAUGAAGCUUCAGCAUCUAAUAUUCUUGUGCUUUCUGGGUUUAGUAUUCCAAAAUUGGUCUUGCAGAUAGUUACAGUUGAUGCCAUCUUCAGAGUCACAAGUCCAUCAGUGAGUGAGCUUGUCAUUUUGAAAGAGACUGCAUUUACCGUAUAUAGCAAGGCUCGUCGUAUUUCACGUGGAAUCUCUAGUGAUUUUGCUCAAUCAGCAUUUUCAAACAGAUCUCAUUCUGUUUUGACACAAAUGCCUUCUCCCAUCUCUGGGAUGUGGAAAGACUGUGUUGGUCCUCGAAUGGCCGGACAUUCUCUUCCAAGAGAGGGUGACAUUGAUGCUAGCUUGAGGUCUGGUACUUGGGACAAUUCUUGGCAAUCAACGAGGACUGGGGGGUUGAGCUGUGAUUCAAGUAGAACUGGGGAUAUUUUUCUUCAUGAUGAAGUUCGUUACAUGUUUGAACCCCUUUUUAUUCUUGCAGAACCAGGUUCUCUAGAUCAUGGUAUUUCAGUUAUUGGUAGCCCCACUUCAGAAUCUUCCAAGGCUUUGGCGGAUGACAGUAGUGGUAACUACGUGCAGAGUACAGGUACUGCAGGAAGUGUGGAGUCUGCUUCAAGCAUUGAUGGAUCUGGGUCUGAUCAAAAGACUCCUCCAAGCCUACAUUGUUGCUAUGGAUGGACAGAGGACUGGCGUUGGCUUGUAUGCAUCUGGACAGAUUCAAGGGGAGAAUUACUUGACUGCAAUAUUUUCCCCUUUGGUGGAAUAAGCAGUAGGCAGGAUACAAAGGGUCUGCAGUGCCUAUUUGUUCAAGUUCUUCAGCAAGGUUGUCAGAUACUUCAAUCUUGUGAUCCAGCCCUUGCAAAGCCUCGAGAUUUUGUGAUAGCACGCAUUGGAGGUUUCUAUGAGCUUGAGUACCUUGAGUGGCAGAAAGCCAUUUAUUCGGUAGGUGGAUCUGAGAUGAAGAGAUGGCCCCUUCAACUGCGGAAAUCUAUGUCUGAUGGCGUGUCUGCAACUAGUAAUGGUUCUUCUUUGCAACAACCAGAUAUGAGCCUGAUCCCAGAAAGAACUCUUCCUUCCUCACCUAGUCCUUUGUAUAGUCCUCAUACCAAACCCACUGGUUUUAUGAAAGGCACUUUAGGGCAGCCUGCUGCAAGAAAACAGCUUAUGGGUGGACAUUCUAUGGUCGACAACUCAAGGGGUUUGCUUCAUUGGGCACAAAGCAUUAGUUUCGUUGCUGUUUCUAUGGACCAUACCUUACAGCUAGUUCACCCGGCUGAUUCAUCUUCUCCUGGAGGAACUGAAAGCGUUGGUUGGAUGUUGUAUAUUUUAGGUUACAUAGAAGGUUUCACUCCAGUGAAGUCUCUGGGUUCCACGUCUUCUGCAUAUAUUCUAAUUCCUUCUCCAAGUAUGCGGUUCCUUCCUCCGACAGCUCUUCAACUCCCCACGUGCCUCACUGCAGAGUCUCCACCACUAGCGCAUCUGCUUCACAGCAAGGGUUCUGCUCUUCCGCUCUCCACGGGAUUUGUGGUUUCAAAAGCAGUACCUUCCAUGAGGAAGGACUAUAAAAGCAACCUGAAAGAAGAAUGGCCUUCAGUACUUUCAGUGAGCCUCGUUGAUUAUUAUGGAGGUACUAAUAUCCCCCAUGAGAAGAUUGUUCGAGGAAUAAACAAGCAAGGUGGUAGAAGUUUAAGCUGGGAAGCUAAAGAUUUUGAAAUUGAGACCCACUUGGUUCUGGAGUCUCUUGCAGCAGAGCUUCACGCGUUGUCGUGGAUGACAGUAAGCCCUGCAUACCUAGAGCGACGAACGGCACUUCCCUUCCACUGUGACAUGGUUCUAAGACUAAGAAGACUGCUUCACUUUGCUGAUAAAGAGCUCUCCAAGCAGUCAGAGAAAUCUUGAAUACUGUUUAUAUACAAUUAUGGCGAUAAAACCCUUUGUUCAUUGGUUUGAGAGGAAAGACAGGCAAACUUAGCUGAAUAGACUGUAUCAUAUUAGAUUCACUGGGACUCUACGUAAAGUAAAUGUAAAGCCUGCUGAUGUAUUCCAGGAAGAAAUAGAUUUAGCUAUUGUAGGUAUCACUGUAAGUUGUUGAGAUUGUACAUGAGCUUUCUAGAACAGCUGAUUCUAACCCAGGUUAGCAUGAUUGAUAGAAGCUGUUAUUGUAGUAUAGAAUACCAUAUUCUGUGUGGCAGUUCUGUUGUCUCCGGAAUUUCAUUUCCUUUGUAAUUAGAUUUUGUUAGAAUAAUGUGCCAAUAGCUGUUUUUAUGCUUAAUUUGAUUUG